AUGCCGCGCGAUGGCAGGGCAGCCCCUAAGGCUAAGGCGAAGCUGCCGAAGCUGCAGCCGAACGUUAACAGGCGGGCGCAGCAGAUCAUCACUGCGCACAUGCAGCUCGAGGAGCAAGGGGAUGUGGGAACUGUGUCCACAACCAGUGUGCCCAUACUCUCCAAGUUGGAGCGAACUGCUCCAAGAACCGCACGCUCUCAUGAUGUCUCCCACCUUUGUGACCAGCCGAUGCACCUUACGCCGAGCAUCCCAAUGUCGCUCAUCGAGGAGAAGGACCAUGUAUACGAAAGCAGCUUCCUUCCGGUGGACGCUUCCAGCGCUUACCGUGAAGAGGAUGGCCUCUGGCACACCAAGGUCUUCCCUUCCGACAACCCUUCGAGCCGUACCGAUGCGGUGAUGCUGGACAACUGGAUCAGCAGAUCACUUGAGGAAGUGGAGGACAACCUUGUAGCCGCACACCGCAGCCGGGAUGACUUCGCGGACACGGUACAAGAGCUCGUGCCCAUCCUCUCGGUGGCAUUGCACGAGAUCGUUCGACAGGUGAUGCACCACUGUCCCGAACGAGGUGCUGCUCUGCAAAAGAUCUGGCGGACCUACGUGGAGCUCUUCGAGCGUGUGCUGGAGCAGAUGCGACAGUCCUUGAAAGUUCACAAGGAGCGCACCGGCGAGAUUCAGCACCAGCUCAAAGAAGCCAACCAGGAAGUGAAGGAUCUCAAGCGAGAUCACCCGGAGCAAAUGCACACGAUCAUCUCAGAGCUGGAGGCCAAGUUCAUGCAACGCCAGCGCAACUACGAGCAGGACUUGCAGGAGGCGGAGGAGGAGAACCUCUCAGCCAAGACUGCCAUUCGUACCCAGCACCGUGAGCUGGAGAACUGGUAUCCAGGUUUCGCUCACUACCAGGACUCGUUUGUGAAGAACCUGCUGCCUCAGACGGAGCAUGAUGGUUCGACCGCGAAGGCCAUGUUCAAGGAUUCGGCCGCAGAAGAUGCGGUUCCUGAAGUGGCAAUGGCAGAGGACUUCAAGCGGCUCCUGGCGGCUUUGCCACCGGACAAGCGCAAGAUCAUAGGCAAGGACUUGAUGGGCUUGAUCGACGGCGAGGAAGUGCAGCGCAUGCAGCAAGACGACGUUCCGCUCAGCUUGGAGGACCAGCAACAGGAGAUCGAGGAGAUCGAGCGCCUGCAGGGCGAGCUGCAAAAGCAAGAGGAACACAUCAAGAAGCUGAAGCUGGAGAUUGCUCAGAUCGAGACGGCGAAUCUUCCCAAUGACCUGGACCAUCCCGUGAACGACGAGGAGAUCGGAUGCUGUAAGUCCCAUGCCUACGGUGACUGUUUUUAA